GAUUUCGAUUCCGAUUAUCCUUAUUUCUGUUUUCAUUUUGAUUAUCCUUCAACUCAAUUUGUUGUUGUCAUCAUCGAGUAUUAUCACAUCAUGGAUUCCAUUUGGUGGAUUUGAGACUUGCCAUAAUCGUAGCAAUCGAUGGGUGUCGAAGGGGAACACAGAAGUAGAAAAUGAUGGCGUCUCGUCCCUUCGAUAAUGAUGGCUACAUUGGCUACGAUCCUCGCCUUUCGCCUCAGCGAUUUGACUCGUUCUCCAACUUCUACGCUGGCUCAGUCAAGGACUCGGUCUGUGACUCGUCGCCAAUAUUCAGCAGUCAAUCAUACAGCUCUAGAGAUGACGUGUUCGUAUCUCAGCCGCUUCUUGAGACUCCGUCGCCGCCACCAAUCGGUGGCGGUGGUGGUAGAUUCCCUUUUUAGUUGCAUUUGUAAACGCAAGUAAAUACUUAAACAAAUGCUGGGAAUUGAUCUUUUUCUUAUAGUGUAAUAGCUAUUAGUUAACAUUCAAUAGUUAAUAAUCUUGGUAUAUAAUUCCUUUGAUUUAAGCCAAUAAUUUAUAGAUGUUCUC